AUGAAAGCGGAUAAAUCGUUUAUGGGUGAUAAUUUAACUGAAGAAAAAGUUCAAGAACAUUUUGACGAUACGUUCGAAGAAUUAUUUAUAGAAUUGGAAAAAAAAUAUGGUGAAAUCGAAGAAAUGAAUAUUUGUGAUAAUUUGAGCGAACAUUUGGCUGGUAAUUGUUAUGUUAAAUUUCGUUUUGAAGAAGAUGCGGAAAAGGCUGUUGGUGAUUUAAAUGAUCGUUGGUUUGAUGGACGGGCAAUUUAUGCCGAAUUAUCACCAGUAACAGAUUUUCAUGAAGCAUGUUGUCGGCAGUACCAGAUGGGCGAUUGUCCUCGAGGUGGAUUUUGUAAUUUUAUGCAUUUAAAACCAAUAUCAAAAGACUUAAGAAAGCGUCUCUAUCAACGUCGUCAAAAAAAAGCCGGCGGUGGUAAUGCUUUAACGCCACCACAUGAAAGGAAUUCACGUUCAAGAAGUCAUGAGAGAGAUAAUCGUGGUCGACGUCGUUAA